AUGGUGGCAACACAUUCACACCCAAGACGUCCUUCUGCUGCUGCUGGUUCAUUGGGCAGAACAUCUGGUAGAACCAAGCGUCGAUCUUCGUUACGCAGACAGUCAGAAAAAGUUACGCCCACUGCAUCUACCUCUGCAACACGGCAUGCCGCAACUCAGAAGCGAUCAAAGUCUGUAUCGGCAGGUGCUUCAGGCCAUCAGCAACAACAACAGCAGCAGAGACAACAGCAGCAAAAUCGAAGACCAUCAGUACCUGCUGUUGUCAUAGAAGACCCACCAAGACUCUCCAUAGCAGACCGUUUUAUGGCAUCAGGCUAUUCCAACACCUCGACGCCCGUACUCUCUCAGGCACCACCAUUACCUACAACAACAGCUGCACAAAAGUGCUCGCCAUCUGUAUCCACCUCUUUAUCGAAUUCCACUCUAUCAGACAUCCCAACUGCUGGUAGCAACAGUCGUCUUUCUGUAGCGGAUCGGUUUAUGAACACAAACAACACCAGCUCAUCCACUAACUCGAUGCAGAGUAUCCAGCAAUACAGAGAAAGAUCCCAUUCGUCCUUCUCAGGCAAGACCCUCAAUACCACAAAUAACAGCAGCAUGAGCACAACAGACCCUGUGCCUGGAAGAUUGACCAUUGCUAGUGCAUUUAUGAAGUCUUCUAGUACACUCACCCCUACUACGCCAGACACAACUAGAUCACGUGCAGCAUCCUUUGCGGAUGAGCUGGAUAUGGGAGUGAUCAAUGGCAAUAUCAGAGCUACAUCAGCCCGAAAGCCUUCACAAGUGCAUCCAUCGGAACAGCAGACAUCAAGAUCCACUCUAUUUGAUGAUAACACCACCUCAUUUCUCAACCUGGAUUUGUCCCUGUCGCCUUCCUCUGCUUCCAGUUCUGUAUUGAAUAAUUUAGGCCCACCACAUGGAAGAAACAGUCGACCCUUUGGAAGCCAAGAUACGCUGGUACAACACCAUAUGCAACAGCAACAGCAACAGCAACAGCAACAGCAACAACAAAAGAAACCCAUCUAUGCGCAAUUCAUUGAAUCAGAAAAGAACGCUACCAUCGAUCAUCGAUCCUUUUCGCUGAGUGAUUGCUUUGUUGAUUCUCCUGUCGCUGAUGACAAACGCACCAUCACUAUGAGCGAUGACUACUCGACAAAGCACGGUGGUUAUGACGACUAUGACGAUAUCGAAAUCGGCCAUUAUGGUCAAAAGUACUAUCAAAAUGAACGGCAAUGGGGUUACCAUAAUGACGAGGAGGAAGAGGAGCAUGAUUACGACGAUGAAGAGAAGGCUAGCUACGAUACUCGCAACAUGAGUCCAGCAGGAUCCAGAGCAAAACUCAACAGCAAGAAAAAGCCAUCUUCUUCUUCUCCAGCAGAGGAUGAUGAUGAUUAUGAGCAUCGCAGCCGUGGAUUCUGGAUUGGUUGCUGCUUUGUAAGCUGUGGACAAAGACCCAGUCGUCGCAUCAUUGAACAGCGCCAAAAGCAAAAACGAGAGAAAGAGAUAGAGCAGCAACAGCAACAGCAAGAAUCACUUGCCAAGAAGCGAGGUUGUGGUAGGAGGGGCUGGGUCUUCUUUACUUUUCUUAGCUUGAUUGUGGCCGUUCUCAUUGCUUACUUUUUAUGGCCUCGGACGCCACUGAUGCGCAUUGAAGGUGCCUCACUCACCACUCCCGCCAAAAUCACAGAAACCAGACAGGGCGUCAUGGUAGGCAAUGUUGCAUUUGAAAGCGAAUGGCUAGUGAAUAUCACGGUGGAUAACCGACAAAACCACGUACCUACACGAUUAGUACAAAUCCAGGCGUUGGCCAAGGACGCUUUGACUGGCCUGAUCAUAGGAAAAGGGUUACACAACGAUGACCCCAAUCCUGAGCAUAUCGUGCUGGCUCCCAACGCCAUUUCUACCAUCCAGCUGCCCAUCCGUGUCGAUUACCAAGCACGAGAUAGUACGGAUACCACCUUUGUCGAUCUCUGUAAAGCGUGUUCUCCGCAGCAUAUGGUCCCUUUUAAUACUCCUGAAAACAGUGUGUCAACAGCAAACACAAAUCAAAGAGAAGCGUUGCCAUUGCAUUUCUGGAUCACUUUACAUUUCUUUGGUCUCGAUUGGUUGGGAUAUAAACCAACAGUGAUUGCUACACCUGCCACUGGCGGCUUUGCUUGUCCUCAGUCUUGA